GGAGUUGGGGCUACGAAAGUAAAGAAGAUGAACUUAGAUGUAUAUUCUUUUAUUACAUAAUAAGUUUUAUUUGGGUUUGGUUAGUCGACUGGACUGUGGGUAAGGAAAUUUGUUAAGUUAAAAUACGCCAUCUGCGCAAGACUUGUCAAUUAAUUUGUAAAUAUUUUGAAAUAUUUGAUAUAGCCCCAAAAAGAAAAAGAAGAUAAUGCAAAAUUAGAUUGCUUAUACAAGGGUUGAUUCUGUGGUGAAGCAUUGCACGCGGCGGUUUAACCUCUGUUCGCUCCCGACAGAAUCCCAUGUAUUCGUCCCAAAAAGUUUGAUAUCGGUUUCCACGGUGUGGAUUUAGUGUUUUGAGUGUUCAGUGUACGUCUUAAAGUGAUAUUCGUCGUCGGCCCCGUCUUUUUUCCCUGUUCACGCCGGUAUGGAAGCGGGGGAAGCCCAUUUUUUUGGUAUGGGUCAGAAUCGUUUUUUGCUAGCUGAGCAAAUUUUUGUUAUAUUUCAACUUCGUACGUGUUGGUCUUUGACCGAAAGCGAAAAUCCUCGACGGAAGUCGGCAAUGGGCAAAUGAUCCUAGCAGACGCGCCCAACAGUGUUUGUGAAACGCAUAAUUAACUUCACUUAUACAAGGGUUAGGGUGCCAUUGCAUCAAAUGAAUGGAUUUAGGUUAUGUAUAAUGAAUUUAUUGUAAUUUAUUUUAUGAAUUGGGAAAAAUGCAACAAAGAGAGGAGAAACAAUUAGACUCUGCGUUAGAAUCUAUAAUACUACGUGUAAACGAUUUAAAAGCUUCCCUAGCUGCUCUGAUAUACAAAGUUGAAAAUGAAUAUGAAACCAUGAACUGGCCAAAAUUUCUAGAUAAUUAUGCGUUAAUAUCUGGACAGCUAAUAUCAUUAUCAAAAGUGUUGAGUCAUGAUAAAUGUCCCAACCUUCGAAAUCUUACUGUUCUGCCGCUAAUGCUAUCGCCAGAGCGGGACGAACAAUUAGCUCAACUUACAGAAGCCAGGGUGCCUACUUUCUCUCAUGAUGUUGUACCAGAUUAUUUAAGAACAAAAUUGGAACCAAUGGCAGAACAGAAAAUGCUACAACUAGAGCAUAAGGCUCAAAAUCUCCAAUAUGACAAUGCUCAGAAACAAAUAGCAGCAUAUCAGAAAGUUGUUACACAUGUUUGGGAUAUAGUUAACAAAGCUAGAGAAGAAUGGGAAGUAGAAUCUUCUUCACGUGGAAGUACCCAUCAAAACUCCAGUGUUUCUGAUACUCACCUGUUAGUCGCUGCAGUAGGCAUGGGUAAAGGUUUAAAGAUGGGACCAAAUCCUAACGGUCAACCAAAUCCGACAUCCGGUGGAAUGAUGGUAGCCCCACAAGGACGACCAGGUGCUCCUCCACCACAAGGCGCAAUACCAUCCAGCACGCAAUCAAUGACAAUGAACAAAGCACCUUCCGGCAUAAAAACCAAUAUUAAAAGUGCUACUCAAUUGCAUCCAUAUGGGCGCUAAAUUACAAUUGAAAGUUUGUUUUUGACAUAGAACAAAUUAUUGUUAGUGCAGACUGCACUUUAUGAAGUAACAUAAUUUUACAAGUUGAAAUUUCUGUGUACUGAUAAAAGCAUGUAUCUUAUUUUAUAAUUUAUAGGAACAAGCAACUCAUCAAAUACACCAAUGGCUUGCAAAUAUAUUUUUAAUUUCUCGAGAUAUUUUUAAAACUGUGUCUAGAAAAUAUUAGAAUAAAAAAAAAACAAUAAAUAUAUAUGAAAGAAAUAAGAUUCGUGAAAAAAAGUAGUCUCUUUUCCCACAUACCAAAUAAUUAAAUAAAAAGAUGAUGCUAAAAUUAACCCAAUGAUUGCACUAAUUCACCCAAAUUUGUAUCAAGAUAUAAGCACUUUGACUCAAAAGCAAUACCUAUUAAAAAAUAAUUUAAAUCUACAGAAUGUUUCAUAAAAGCAUACCAAUAUAUUUUUGCACUUCCAUAAUGGAUUUCCACAUUAAUGCGCCACCCUGUAUGGGAGUAAUCAAAGUAUAUAAUAUCCAAAUAUAAAUAUAAUAUUUAUUGUGAAUAAACUACAAAAUAACAGUGAAAAACAAAAAUUAUUGUAAUAAUCAUAAUUGCAACAAAUACUUAGAAGUCAACCUAAAUAAACAACAUUUAUUAAAGCAUAAAAUCAAUUUCAUAAUCCUUUGCGCCAAAGAAUAAAAAAAUAACACCAAAUAUAAAAAAUUACAUUUAACAAAAUUAUAAUAUUAAUAUGAGCUGCUAAUGGGGUUGUAAUAUUUUAAAUAGUGAGAUUAUAAAGAAAAAUAGAUGUUGGUAACAUGAAACAAAAAGUUAAUUUUCCAAUUAUUAUUCUCAUGAAAUUUGCACAAGUAUUUUAAUUACCAAAAAUUUAUAUACAAAACGAGAUAUUACAAUGGCAUUUUCAAUAUUUGCUUGCCAUAUUGAAAUCACAAAUAGUGUGAAGCAACCACGCCUACAGCAACCACAAAAAAAGUGUUUGCAAAAACAAUUUCUCUGUUUGAAAAUCACGCGAUAGAAAAUCUAACUUCUAUAUUUAUAGACCAAAACUUUUUAUGUUAAGUACAAUGAUUUGAAACGCCAACAACUAAUCAUAAUAAAUAGUUGCAAAUGAUAUAUGAUAUCAUAAAACAUUUUGAAUAAGGAAAAAGCGCAGUAGAUCAGCCCUAUCUUUGAAGGAGCUAUAAAACAUUUGCCCAAUGGAUUAAUUUUUUUAUCAUACUGAAGGCUCGAGAGUUUGGUUUUAUUAUGCAAACCUUUUUUCUACUAGGUUGCUUAGAAAUGUGAAAGCAAGAAAUCAACACAACUCAUAGGUCUGGAAGAUUUUACAUAUAGUUACGCCGUGAUUUGUUACACCCACAUGUUAUGUACAUUUUAGUGUGAAUGAUUCCGUGGCUAUAAUCAUCUAAUUGUCCUAAAACUCAAACUAGGGUAAUCUUACUCAUUCUGGAUCUAACAGUAA